UCGUCGCGAACAUGGCCAACGAGCCCCCAUCCGCUUUGUACUGCCAGAAAUGUCGCACUCCCAUCAAUGUAGACGUCUCCAUCGACCAACUCAACCCCGCCGCCUUCAAGCUGCUGACUGAUUCAACAGUCCCUGGUCAACAGCAACCAGCAAAGCACGCUCCCCGCCAAUCCAGGCCAACAUAUCCCUCGUCCCGGCAUCAAACAUACGACACCGCCAUUCAGUCUGCACGCAAUCCUACCUUCAAACGUAGUCUACCACCGACACGGAAUACCCAACAUGCGGCCCAAAACCCCGCCAUGUCCUUCGUCGACGUGCACAUGUCUGAAUCCAUGAUAGACCCACCCUCUACGUCCUCCACCGGCGUCCAAACACAAGGACAGAAUGUUCCCGUAGAAGAGACGCCUCCAAAAGUCCAGGAGACAAAGACGAGACGAGCAAGCAUCACGGGUGCUUCCUCGGGCACAGUGGGAGGGGGAAGCAUGGCUGAUGCUCUGGAGACAACAAAUCGCAUGUUUGAAAUUCUGUCGUCGCGAUCUGACAUCGACCAUCCUAUAUGUGUUGAGUGCACAGAACUAAUAGUGGGUGGACUGCAGAAACGACUAGCAGUCGCAACAAGGGAGCGGGAUGCAUAUGUAGACUACCUUCGUCGCGCCAACACGGAUGUCCCAAGCGCCGAAGAAAUGAAAGCUGCGGAAGCCUCUCUCCAAAAAGCACGCAAAGCUGAAGCCGCCGGCAUCAUCAGGCUCGAGCAGUACGAGACGGAAAAGACGGAGUUGGACGCACAACUCGCUGCCCUUGAGAUCGAAUCGCGCCAGUUGGACCAGGACGAAUCCGACUUCUGGAAGCGCCGUAACUCAUUUUCCUCAAAACUCUCCUCUUUCCAAAAUGAGCGUGACGCACUCGUCACCAAACAUGCCCACGACCAGCACCUCCUAACUCAGCUUCAACGCAGGAGCGUGUACAACGAUACUUUCAACAUCAGCCACGAUUCCCAUUUCGCUACCAUCAAUGGUCUACGUCUCGGCCGCCUACCCUCUCCGUACGUCGACUGGCCUGAGAUCAACGCUGCAUGGGGCCAGACCUGUCUCCUGCUCGCCACACUCGCCGAGCGCCUAGGCUUCAAGUUCCAAAAUUACGAGCUUCUCCCCAUGGGUUCGACAUCGGUCAUCGUCAAAAUGGAAGGCAAAAGCGGAACCACCCUCGGAAAUUCCACAACAACCGACGCGAGGUCCGUCGCAUCGUCAGCCGCGGCAACUUCUUCGUCAUCUCCAGCAGCCCGUCCCCAACGCCUCGAACUCUACUCUUCUGGCGAUUUUCCUAUCAAUUUCGGCUUCCUGCACCGAAAGUUUGACAACGCCAUGGUCGCGUUCCUCGAGUGUCUGCGCCAGCUCGGUGAGUUCGUCGAGGCGUCCGGUAGCAGUCCUACCCCUUCCUCCACCACUAGCAGCCCUGCUGCGUCUUCGGGCACUGGCGGCAUGAAACUGCCUUAUGAGAUCCGUAAAGAUCGGAUUCAUGACCAGAGUAUCAAGCUUGCAUUGAAUAAGGAGGAGGCGUGGACGAAGGCUUGUAAGUAUACGCUUACGUGCUGUAAGUUUUUGCUUGCGCAUGCGAAUAAUGUGGAGAGCUAUUAUCAGGGGGGACCGAGGAGGCGAUGA